AGUACAGAUCUCAAGGUCUGCUGCGGCUCCGGGAGGGAUGUUGAUGAACAGAGCCGGGCGGAGGUUCGAGCAGAAGAUCCGGCACUUGCGGACCGCCGUACAAAGCCGCGGAGAAGAUGAAGGAAACUGGCUCUACUCUUCCGAGUGGUGGGACAGCAACGGCACCGAUGGCAAAACUGUUUUCCGAUCAGUUUCCGACAAGGGAAACGGCGAAGUUUCCGUCUUAGCUUACCCUUCAUCCAAACCAGUUCGCUCUCCUCUUCCUCUAACUUUAAUUUUUCGCAUUACCGUGUUUUAUUGCAUGCCUAUACUCCCAUUGUUAUUGAUCAUAAAUCCGUUCAUGUCUCGUAGUUGUUUGUCGAUUGAAUUAAGAAAUUUGUGUGUGAGAGCUAAUUGAAGUAUCUAGUGGUAAAAAUUAGGGUUUGAUGUUUGAAUGCUGAUUCAUGAAUUGAAUAGAAAGAGCUUAUUUAAAUGUUUACUAACUAUACUUUCAGUGUAUAACCAUUGUGUUUGCUGAGAACCUCUUUUGUGAUUGAGUUUGCGGAGGGGGGUUUAAGUGAACACAUUGUAUGCAUCUCUAUGUUCUGUGAAAUCCCUUGGUUUUUUUGUCAAUAAAUUUAUUUUACUUUUCGUUCUUAAGUUCUUCUUUAUUUAUUUAUACUACGUAUUACACAAACAUUAUGAAAUCAAAAUAUGUGUGAAAUGUUUGAAAAGAAUGAUCAUGUUUCAUUUUUGUUUGAAUUUUCCAUGGUAAAAUCAAACAUAUCAAGAAAAUAAUUUCCUCUAAAAUUUCGAGUUUCUUCUGUGAUCCAAAGAUACCCUAAAAUCUAUUGCAGGACAAAGUUUACUGGGGGAGAACAGAGAAGUGGCUACAGGAAAGGUUUGCUGAGUUACAUCCAGGUUAUAAUGGACACCAUGAGAAUUUCAAGAUUCUUGGUUACCAGUGGCGAGCUCUUCGAUUUAAUGAAGAAACUCGCCAGAGCACUGUUAAAGUAAUGUCUUUUUACAGAAAGUCAGAUCCGGAUUCUUUGUUCUUGAUGCAGCAGCCACAUUGCCUGGCCAUUCCAUAUGUAAAGAGUAUGAUUUCUGCUGGGCUAGCUACUAUCUCCUCUUGCAACUAUGAUCUCCGGAAAGCUAUAUGUGGGGCGAAGAAGAUGAAUAUCUUGUGCAUAGGUCAUGGUGGAGGAAGCAUACCAUUAUUCUUAGCAAGUAAAAUUCAAGGUGCUAUGGUGCAUGAUGUUGAAAUUGACCCUACUGUCAUCUCAGCUUCAGUGCAAGCCAUGGGGUUCCCAUCUUCUUCUUCACUUGUGACUUCUCCUCCAUCUACCAACUCCAUCCAAGAAAUGCUAUGGAAAGGAACACACGAGAGGAUCCGUUUGUACGAAUCAGACGCCGAGCAUUUCAUUGCGGACCCCACCCGUCCCCAUUACGACAUCGUGUUCAUCGAUGCAUAUGACGGCGACGAUGUCUUUCCCUACAAGCUCUGGGACCCGCACUUCCCGUUCCUCAAGGCCCUAGGCGACCGUCUCCACCCCGAGCACGGGACGGUGAUUGUGAACCUCCACUCGGACGUAGACUAUAGGGACACCGCCGCCGGUGGAUCCGGCGACAGCAGCCACUAUUUGCCCAUGGGCCCCUACAUGAAACAAGUGUGUGGGGCCUACAAGGAGGCGUUGCUCGGGAAUGGGAAGAAUUCGGACGGUGUGGCAUACGCCGUUUCUGUGCCGUGGGUGUGUAACACGUCUCUCGUUGUAGCUAGGGGUUUCGGAAAAGGUGAGAGUGGAAGUUGUUUAAACAGAGAAAGUGUUUUGAAUACACUGAUGAGCAAAGCCAUUGAAGUUGAGAAAGCUCUUGGCUUGCCGUUUUUGUGUUUGGGAUAUAUCAAAAGAGGCUUUACUCUUGUGGACUGAAAUUUUGAUCUAUCAUUUGUUCUUUACAUAAUAUCUUCUUUUUAUCAUUCGAGAACACUAAUGAAUAAUGAUGUUUCAAAUAA